AUGGUUGAGAAGUUAACCCCUCGCCUCCAGAAACAGUCCACCUUCAUGAGGGAACCGCUUCCAGUUGGACUCAAGCUGGCUGCCACCCUCCGCUUCCUAGCCACUGGAAAUUCCUAUCCAAGUCUGCAGUUCAGCUUCAGGGUUGAAGCAAGUACAAUCUGCAAGUUUAUACCCAAGGUGUGUCAAGCCAUCAUCGCGGUCUACAAGGACGAAGUGCUCCGCUGCCCCAAAACUGAAAAGAUGUGGAAGGAAGUUGCUGCCAAGUUCAGCUCCAGAUGGAACUACCACAACUGUCUGGGAGCUGUAGACGGCAAGCACAUCGCCAUGAAAAAGCCACCCAAUGCUGGUUCAAAAUACCAUAACUACAAGGGCUUCCACAGCAUUGUACUGAUGGCAGUGGCAGAUGCUGGCUACAAGUUCCUGUAUGUGGAUGUUGGGGCAGAGGGUGGUGCAUCGGAUGGAGGAACAUGGAGUAACUGCUCCCUGCAUGAUGCUGUAGAAGACCACAGAGCUGGAGUGCCUCAACCAGAACCGCUCCCUAAUGAUGAUAAGCCAGUGCCCUAUCACUUCGUAGGGGAUGACGCCUUCGCACUCCGAACCUGGAUGAUGAAACCAUUCUCCCACCGAUCACAGGUCCAUCGAGAACGCAUAUACAGCUACAGAUUGUCUCGUGCCCGUCGUGUUGUGGAGAAUGCCUUUGGAAUCUUGUCUCACAGGUUCCGUUGCUUCUUGACAACAAUGCAGCAGCACCCCGACAACAUCAACCUGAUCACCAUGUGCGCCUGUGUCCUACACAACCUCCUCCUCAUCAGAUACCCACAUGCAAUUCCAGAAGUGGACCGCGAAGAUCCGGACACAUAUGAUCUGAUCCCUGGUAGAUGGAGACUCGACCAGCAGCUGCUGGGGCUGAUGCCUCUACCAGGCCACCAUUCAGCGAGGGAGGCGAAGGAUCAGCGAGACUACCUGUCACAUUACUACAUGUCCCCUGCUGGUGCCGUCCCUUGGCAAGAAAGAAUGGUAUCCCCAUGA